AUGAUUUCAAACGCCACAGGCAUAAGAAAGAGAUUCGACCAGAACGGCGACUUCUUGGCUCAGUUUGGCACCACAGGAACUAGCAGCCCCCUGAACACGGUGUCUUCACUGCACCUGCCCCACGGAAUUGCUCUCGACGAGCCCCUCGAUGUGCUGUGCGUCGCAGACAGGGAGGCGGAGAGGAUUGUCUGCUUCAGGGCAGGUCUUCUGGAGCCCGAGGUCUUCGGCAAAGUGGUGUCUUCUAUCCCUGAGGUGCACGGACGACGCGUGUUCGACGUCGCCUCCAUUGGCGCUGGGAUCAUGUUGGGUGUGGGUGGGAGUGAAGCUGAGAAAACGUCUGGCAUCGCCUUCGCUGCCGACACUUCUGAAGCGUACGUCAUGAGCCAGUGGAGGCCUAAGCAGGGCCUGCACAACCCGCAUGCUGUCGCUGUAUCGCCCGACGCCUCGUCCAUCUACAUCGCCGAGAUGAAACCAAACACCGUCUGGAAGUUCUCGCUACGUCGCAGAUACUAAUUAACUUCAGAAUUGUUCUCAGCAAAUUAUUUCAACUGUCAUCUAUACUCAGAUACAUAUUGAACCUACAAAAAAUUAAAAUUAUAUCUGACUAAAUUGCUUUUAGGUUACGAUGUAACUAAUUCUAUCGACUACGAAAGUUUUGCUUCUAGUCAAACAACAAUAAAUGGGGGUCAAUACAAGCAGAAAGCCUUGCCGUUUGAAGCAGGUCUUGCAUUUAUAAUUGAUCUCAAUAACGAUGUACUAACGAUAUUAAUUUGUAUAUCGUUCAUGCUUAUAAUAGCCUCAACCCAAAGGAGACUUUCACGAACAAAAAUAAAGCCCUGUACAUCGAAUUUAAAAUUAGUGCAAAAUGGAUUCAGAAGUUAUAAGCUAUUCAGACUGCAUCAUAGUAAUAGUCAUCAUAACUGACUAUAGUUUCCUGAGGCCAUACUUUGAAAAAAGUUAAAGAGAUCGUAAGUUCAUCAGCCAAUCAUUAGCGGCCUUACAAGCAAAAUGCACCAAUCAUAGCCAAGAAAAUAGAGCGUAAGUACUUACGUUCACUUAGCGAGUUUUAAAAGUAUGGCCUCUGAUCUCCCACUCGCACCAAACUUACUUCAAUUACUUGCACUUCAAGGCACUAUAAUAUCAGUCACUUCAAUCCCUCCUACCUGAAACAGAGCAGAGCCACUAGCACUUUGAACGACUACAGUAUUAAUUCUAUAGAUAUAAAUUAAUCGAAUAAUUUUGAAUGACUAAGUUCAUUUCGCUUCUUUAUCUUGGUACAUUUGCUCUAUGGAUAUGUGCCCACUUUAGUUUUAUUCAUCGUUUGCAUUCCAUUUAGCGAGAAAGGAUCUGCUUUGCAGCGUUGUUUAAACGUUAUAAAAUACGAACAAAAGUGAACCAAAGAUAUAAAUUAGUCAUAUUAUGAUAAGUGCAAUACUAAUGUGAUAAAAUAGACGAUUUAGAGACAACAAAUCAGAACGAAUUCCAGCGUUACGAGUAUCAAACUCUAAAACGCAUUAGCUCCAAAAUUGACGCGCAAAUAAAGAUAUUUUCUUACAAAUAAUAAUUUAACUCACAAAUUGAUUCAAUACGAUUGCGCAUGUACGAGUUCUGGGGCCAAAGAAGGAAUUUAUAUUGCGCCAGCUACAAUCAUUUUAUUCAUAGCUGUUAGUUAUAGUGAAAGAUAACCAUACUAUACUAUCAUUAAGUCUCCCUUCAGUGUGCAAUGAUGAUUCUCAUGUGUGAAGGAAAAUUGAAUGUACCUAUAAAAUUCAUAAAUAAACAUUAAUGGGAGCUUGUUUAUAAAAAUUAUAAAGAGUUUCGUAAACAAGUAUAAUUUUUGCAAUUAAAAAUUGGCUCACGAGAUAUAUAUGUACAAGGAAAUGUUUUCAAAUUUAAAAUAAUAAUUCAGACCCAGCCUGCUGCUAACGCAGCUACCAUGUUAACAAAUCUAUUUAUGACGUUAAUGCGUGCAGAGAACUAUAAGUGAUUCGUAAUAUGAGUUAUUCGUCCUCUUAACUUGAGGAAUUGUCGGGGAAACCACAGAAUAUUUCUACGUAAAUUUUGUGCCGUCGUGUUCUAACUCGUAUAAUUCGAGCACAAAAUUAGUGAAGGAAGCUACACAAUUUUUUCAUCAUUUACUUGUACGUAGCACAUGAAACAAAUUCCUAGCAGUAUUGAGAGUUAAGUAAUAUUUAUUAUUGUCUCAUCAACCUCAUUAUGUCGUCGUAUAUGUCGUCAUUAACAGAAUAUAUCGAUUGUCAAACA